GGUGGCUUCUGCCGCUUCUGUGAGAAAUCAUUCUCGAAGUCUUGAGGUUUGGAUGCCAGAAGAUAGACUUUUUAUUAUCAAUUUAUUAUUAUCGUUAUUAGACAAUGAAGCCGAGAAACUCUGCAGAGAAUCUAUAGAGUCUGUGUCUGCACACUGUUUUUCCUCAAGGCGUGUUCAACUAAUUUCAUACAUUGUCGUUAUUAUUUAUCAUCUUUUUUUUUUUUUUCCUUUUUUGGCUGUGCCUCCAGUCUGUUGUUAGGAAGUAGACAGGAGGCCUCGAUUUAUGUUCAGUGAAACGAGGAGGCCUCAUCAUAUAUUUUGUCUAAUGUCCAAAUAGGAAUUGCAGCUUCACCAUAAAAUGUAUUUUCGUAAUGUCUUCACAUUCUCAUGCAGGCCUCCAUACACACAGGCAAACACAUGAUGAUAAAAGUAGAAUAAAUUGAUACAUAAAUGGCUAUAUUCACAUUGAUUUUACUUGAUUAAUUCACAUUUUGACGAAUGAAAAAUCCUCUACACUUCCAGAAAGAAAUUCCUGUUCAGUGAAGCUCCUCCCACAAACCCUGCAGAAUGAAAAACACUGAAGAUACUGAAGAACAAACAGAGCUGAUGGAAGAGAACGAGGAGAGUGAAGAACUGAGUGAAGUGGAGGAGAAACAUCAUGACAAACAUGGAGAAAAACAUUUGAGUCUCUCAAAGACUAAAAAGACAUUUUUAAAGAAAAGAAGAGCCAAGGAAUCUUUCACCUGCACUCAGUGUGAAAAGAGUUUCUCAAGGAAAUAUAAUCUUGAGCUUCACAUUAGAGUUCACACUGGAGAGAAACCGUUCACGUGUGAUCAGUGCGGGAAGAGUUUCACACAAUCAGCAAACCUUAAAGGACACAUGAGAAUUCACACCGGAGAGAAGCCGCACACUUGUGUUCAAUGUGGGAAGAGCUUCACAGGAAAAGCACACCUUAAACAACACAUGCGAAUCCACACUGGAGAGAAGCCGCAUACAUGCGAUCAGUGUGGGAAGACUUUCACACGCGAAACAAGUCUUGAGCUUCACAUGAGGAUCCACACUGGAGAAAAGCCUUUCAGCUGUGAAAAGUGCGGGAAGAGUUUCACACAAAAAAUACAUCUUAGGCAGCACAUGAGGAUCCACACUGGAGAGAAACCAUACCCAUGCGAUAAAUGUGGGAAGGGUUUCACGAAUUCAUCACACCUUAAGAGUCACAUGAGGAUCCACACCGGAGAGAAGCCGUUCAUGUGUGAUCGGUGUGAAAAGACAUUCUCAUGCAAACACAAUCUUGAUCAUCACAUGAGAGCUCAUACUGGAGUGAAGCCGUUCAUAUGUGAUCAGUGUGGGAAGAGUUUCAUGGACUCUUCAAAACAUAAAAGACACAUGAAGGUCCACACUGGAGAGAAGCCGUUCACAUGUGAUCAGUGCGGGAAUAGCUUUAAAGAAAAAAUAGACCUUAAAAAACACAUGAGGAUCCACACUGGAGAGAAACCUUACGCAUGUGAUCAAUGUGGGAAGAGUUUCACAGAUUCAGCGUACCUUAAGAUUCACAUGAGGAUCCACACCGGAGAGAAGCCGUUCGAGUGUGAUCAGUGUGAAAAGAGAUUCUCAAUUAAAAGUAGACUUCAACUUCACAUGAGAAUCCACACCGGAGAGAAGCCAUAUGCAUGUGAUCAAUGUGGGAAGAGAUUCCCAAUCAAAGCAAGUCUUGAGCUUCACAUGAGGAUCCACACGGGAGAGAAGCCGUUCAUGUGUGAACUGUGUGAAAAGAGAUUCUCAAUAAAAAAAAAUCUUAAACUUCACAUGAGGAUCCACACCGGAGAGAAGCCAUUCACAUGUGACAAGUGUGGAAAAACAUUUUUCUGGGCAUCAAACCUGAAGAAACACCUGACAGUUCAUACGAAGGAGAAGCCGCAUUCAUGUUCUGAGUGUGGAAAGAGUUUUUCACUGCUGCAAAGUUUAAAAAAACAUCAGAAAAUACAUACUGGUCAUUUACCGGUGUUGAUUUGACUGCUCCUAAACACAUUCUAAGUGCUCUGUAUUGUAUUCUAUCUAGCUUCUUUAGCAAUGUCUCUGACGCCGCACCAUAUAUCAUGCAGCCAUAAUCAAAUACAGAUCUAAUCAAAGCUUGAUACACUUUCAUCAUUGAAGAUCUUUCUGCUCCCCAUUCUUUACCAGCUAUUGCCCUCAUAACAUUUAAAGUUUUCCUACACUUUUUCUCCACUUCUUCUAUAUGUUUUUUCCAAGUGUACCUG